CCGACGGCCCUGGUUACGGAAGCCGGGGAGAGCUGAGCUCAGGGCCCGCCUCGAGGAAGUUAGCUUUGGAAACCGGGUUAGUGGUGGAGAAGAGGUGUCUCAGGCCUAAUGGCGACUGUGGAAGCAAGCGGCAACGAUGGGAAAGGGCAAGGGGUCGAGACCUCCGUCACCUAUUAUCGAUUGGAGGAGGUGGCGAAACACAACUCCAUGAAGGAGAUAUGGCUGGUGAUCCAUGGGCGAGUCUACGAUAUCACCCGUUUCCUUAACGAGCAUCCUGGGGGAGAAGAGGUCCUAAUGGAACAAGCUGGUGCAGAUGCAAGUGAAAGCUUUGAGGACGUAGGCCACUCCUCUGAUGCCAGAGAAAUGCUCAAGCAGUACUAUAUCGGUGAUGUGCAUCCGAAUGACCUUAAACCUGAAAGUGGUAGCAAGGACCCUUCGAAAGAUGCCACGUGCAAAAGUUGCUGGUCAUACUGGAUUUUGCCCAUCAUAGGCGCUAUUGUCUUAGGUUUCCUGUAUCGUUACUACACGUCGGAAAGCAAAUCCUCCUGAGGAGACAGCGUGGAAGUUGGAAAGCAUAUCCAUUGGGAGUGCGAGCUAGAGACUUGUUUGGAGGCCAAGCGAUACCCUCUUCUCGAAUCCUGCCGGAUGUGUGCUUCCCCCUUGGAACCCAGAUGGUUGGCUAGACAUCCACCCCAGACCUGGGGCCAGUGUCCUUCAUUUCCCAGAGCCUUACUCCCAAAGCACCUGCUCGUUGUCCUGUGUCCCUGCCGGUGGCCCUUCUCUCCACUGGCUUCCACCAGCCCCCUUUGCAUUUCCAGACUUGGUUUUAUAAUUACAAUCCAGAUGUCCUUGUGACAUUGUCCUUUGGUAAAAAUGCCUGGUUUCCAAUACUUUGCACAUUAGACAUUCUUAACAGGGCAACACUCUGGUUUUGAAGCUUUUCUUUUUCCAUUUUUUUUUGAAGUAUAUAUAUAUAUAUAUAUAUAUAUAUAUAUAUAUACAAACACAUAUAUACUUAUAUAUAUGUAUAUAUGUGUGUGUGUAUAUAUACUUAAUUCUAUUAUUUAUCAUAAGGGAUUUAAUUAAUGAAGUAAAGUUGUGCACCUAUAGCAUAAAACACAACUGCCAAAUGAUCUCGUUCCUUUUUAUUUAUUAAAACUAGGAAGAACCAUGAAAUCCUCUCCUCCCUCCUAAGCUAGUCUAGCAGGUAACUCUCACCACCCCCCAAGUCCAAGUGGUGCUGGGCAGAACUGUGCUUCCGUUGCAUUUCUUGGGAGUGGAGAGAAAGAGGGGAGGGGAGAGAUGAAUUGGGGUGAUAGGGUAAAUUUGUAGUCCUCUUUCUUUUGAAAAAUGCUGAAAACACUACUUUAGGACAGGAGUUUAGGAAAAGCACCAAAGACUUCAUUUUUUUUUUUCCACACUUCAUUCUUUGCUUUGGUUUGACACCAGUUUCUAGCCGUCUUUUUUCUUUUUCCCCCCAACCAACCAUCUUUUAUUGGUAAAAUACAAAUUUAUAAUUGUAUCUGUAGAACUUCACUAGGGAUUUCUGCUUUUAAAUGUAUUGAUUAGCAAAUUUUUUUAUUCCUUCCCUGUUUUACAAAAGAGACUCCACUUGCUCUAAGAUCCAGUAUUUGAUCUUUUGUUUGUUAGCCCCAGUAACAUAACUUCCAUAGUGCAGUGGCAUUCGAAAGGGGGAGAUCAUGACAAAAGAAUGUUUCCCAUUUCAUCUAUAUUUUAUCUUCAUGGCUCCAAUUUGUGGUUUUGUUGUUUUUCUGUUGAGGAAAAAAGAAAGAAAAAAACAACAACUAGUCGUUUUAUCCCUUGGAUGAAUGUUUAAUUGAAUAGUAGGUCAUUAUUUAGAAUUCUGUUAGGGUUUCUUCUUGGUUCAGGAAUUUUCUCUGGCUUAUUUGACCUAACUUUUUCCCCCCGUGGAAUCACCUGAGGACACAGUACACUGGCUGUUUUCUGCCAACAACUGUUUGUGGUGAUUUUUCUCCCAAUCUUCUAAGGAUUACCAGUUUGCUUCUGAGCCAUUGUCCUAUGUAGCAGGGAGCAACUUGGUUCCAGAAGGACCAUGGAUACUGCUGUCUCCUCCCCACUUACAGCUUGCCAUGGACAGCAAAGUGCCGUGCAAGGCAGUGUCUGCCCAUGCAAACUAAGAAAAGGUUCAACCCAAGUCUUGCAGUUGAGUGUAUUCAGAAUUCAUCAAAAGAAUAUUAACCUUGUAUUUGUACACUUGGAUAUGAUAUUAUGGAGAAAUUUCAGGGGAUUUUUGAGAGACUUUUAUAUAUCAGGGAUAUGGGAAUAGUCAAACUUUUAUCUUUAGAAAAUUUUGUAUAAGAUGCCACUUUUAGACAAUUUAUUGAAAAAAACCUUUGGUUAUUAUGGAACAGAAGUGGUGUGACUGUUGAUGCUCCUGCCAUUUGAAGGCGUACGGAAGGGUUGCCUUGAAUAUGAAUUGGUAUCUAAUUGCUGUAAUAAUUAAGCUGCAUGAUUACAUGGGCCACAUUGGGGUAGAAAUAAAGAACAAAGGAGUAUUGAGGAACUGGACGGGGAACAUUUAGGCUGAAACUAAACCAGCAGAUAAGUUGGAUCAAUUAGGAGUAUGUUGGCAGUCUGUAAAAUUAAAUGAAAAACAUCUGGCUUAUAAGAAAUGUUAAAGAGUGACAGCCUUAAGUAAAAUUGGUGGGGUUUUUUUUUUUUUGGAUAUUUUUAGGGUGAACACCAACACAAAAGGUAUGUUUUUCUAUUUCAUAUUGGUUGUCUUUUCCUGUUUAUAUCUGGACUUGUUUUUACUCAGAGCCAGAGGAAAAGGUUUUCAGACCUUGUCUCUACCAUCCGUGAAAUCCAUCCAACACCCAGGGCUUCUUUUGAUCUGCUGCUAAUGUGAUGUCACUUUGUAUUAUAAAAACCACUUUUGGGUCCAUUUACUGUUAUUCUGCUGCCUACAUCAACAGUCAGGCGAAAGGUAAAGCUAGUGUGUGAGUUUGCAGAGGUUUUUCUAAACUAUCAGAUAAUACAAUAUGUUAGCCAAACCCACCAGAAAAGCCUUGUUUGCAGAGGUAGGACUCAAAUUCUCGAAACAGUUUCAACAUUGGUAGGUGGUGCAAACCCCUUUGGAGAGCAAGUGGAGCCGGUCCCUGUCGGCUGAGGGUGCCCCCUAGAGCUGGUCUCUGGGGUGUUGGGUUGUUUAUUCCCAGGGAAGACACAAGAUGUCUGGAGGUCACGAAAGGAGAGGAGGGAAAACGGGUGCCACCAAAACAGGCAUGUCCGUGCCAGGUCUCCAAAAUUUCUUAGUCCCUGUCCCUCAGGAAUCGGUUUUGGUUUCUAAAUGACUCCACAUUUGUAAGGACAAGAAAGUGGUGGUGACAAAAUUGAUAGUGUUUAGUUCUUAUGCGACCCCUAAAGCAGAAGCAAAAAUCCACGGGAACCUACAGUUUGAGCCUGUAAAGUUCUUUGGGCAAUUGUCGUAAAUGCCCAAGUUGUGAGAUAAGAGCGUCGUUGAGUUUAUGCUCAUUUAGUCCCGGCGUGGAGCAACGAGAAAUGCUCUGUGGGCCAGGCAUAUCAUUACGCACGGUGUCUCGGGCUUCACAUCUCAAGAGAUUAUCUGGUUAGAUUCCAUUUUAGGAGACUGAAAUGCAGAACGUUAACGUUCAUAACUUCCUUCCCUGGGAGAAGUGGAUUCAGACAUGUCUUGUCUCAACAAGAGAUUGGUGGUUUUUUUUGUUUUUUUGUUUUUUUUUUUAAGCCAUCUCAUUCUGUUGCCAAAUAUCACAGAACGAAUGGGGAGUUUACUUCACAUUUGGCUGUUAUUCUCUGAAAGGGCCUGGUUUGGAAUUUGUGGGGGUGAUUUCAGAGGGAGAUUCCGGUAACCCGAGUUACCAACCCAGUAUCUAGCAUCUUACUCAUGAAUUUUAGGAGCUGUACUUUUCCUGUACCUAUAUCCAACAUGUGCUAGUUGGGUAAAAUAUGAUUAUUUAGCUUCCUUUCUUUUUACUUCACCCUCAACUGUGAACGAGUAAUAUUAACAUUCUUUUUGUGUAUUCAGUAAUGGAGUUUGUUUACCUAUUUUAUUUCAGCAUAUUUUGAACAAAGAUCUUUGUCUCUUUCUGCUGGAAUGUGCACACAGUGAAUGUUUGUUAGAACCACACACAAUAAAGAUACUGUUUUCCUUUUCUUGCCCUGA